GACCUCAUAACCUGAAAAGAAGCAAAGGCAUGCCCAGAAGGAAGGUGUGAGAGAGAUCAUGGCAUUCACAUUGGAGAUGGAGACCAGUAGCAACGGCAGCCGAGGCUGUGGAAGUGAAGAGUAUGAGCACCACCACCACCACCACCACCCCCGGCACCAGGCGGCGUUGUCCGUCGAGUUGCAGAAGGCGGUGCCGGCGCCGUUCCUGACCAAGACGUACCAGCUGGUGGACGACCCGCGCACCGACCACAUUGUGUCGUGGGGAGAAGAAGAAGCCACCUUCGUCGUCUGGCGGCCGCCCGAGUUCGCCCGCGACCUCCUCCCCAACUACUUCAAGCACAACAACUUCUCCAGCUUCGUCCGCCAGCUCAACACCUAUGGAUUCAAGAAGAUAGUGGCGGAUAGAUGGGAGUUUGCAAACGAGUACUUCAGAAAAGGAGCGAAGCACCUCUUAUGCGAGAUCCACCGCAGGAAAACCCCACAACACCAAAGCCACGACCACACUCCUCCGCCGCCGCUGCCCCAUUUCUUCCAACCGGUCGAUGAGAACCUCUGCUGGCCGUCGGCCGACCCGCCUUUCCCGCCGCAGCCGAAGCCACUCCCUCACGGCGACGUCCUCGCCGUGCUGACAGAAGACAACCAGAGGCUACGGAGGAAGAACCUGAUGCUCCUCUCGGAGCUCACCCACAUGAAGAGUCUCUACAACGACAUCAUCUACUUCAUCCAAAACCACGUCAAGCCACUGCCUCACGAUCCGGCGAACAACCACAACGACCACCUCGACAGCAUCAGUGUCCCCAAGCUCAUCGAGCUGGAUUCGGAUCAAGAAGGCGACACCUGCUCGCGGAUGGCGAGGCUCAAGAAGGCCGGGCGCUCGGGUGAGGAGGCCGGCAGAGGCAGUAAUUUCAAGCUCUUCGGGGUGUCCCUGAGCGGCAAGAAGAGGCUGCACCCGGAAAAGAUCGAUCGACAAGAGCUACAACUGUAAUAAUUCGUGAGCUAGGGAAAAAUAACGGCAGUCAUCUCAAAGUUUAGUUUUCAUUGUCGGAUUAGGGAAUGCACUAACUUAUUAGAGCGAGAUCAAUCGAAGUUGAAAAGUAUCAACUUCAUGAUAGAUCGAAUCUGUAACGUUUGGACCUCUUGAGUUAUCAUAUGCUCGCUUAGGCUAUCUUGCUCCGUGAAGUUAUCAGGUAAAUUUCGUCCUUGAUG